AUGGAAGCGAGCCAGAAGAGCUCCUCGGCCAUCAUGGAGUGGCCCUCGGGCGACCCCGGCUGCUCUAGCUCGUGGCUGAUCUACUACUCCACCAUGGCCAGGGUGGUGAUCGUCGACGGCAGCGUGGGGCUGUUGGUUGAGAUGAGCAACGGUGGCGCCGACGUAGUUAUAGAGUUCUUCAGAGAGUUCUUAUUGAAGUUUGUGGAGCUGGUAACUGACAAACCGAGCAUCGAGAAUGUAAUAGGCAGAAACACUUUCUCCCCCACAUCUGUGCUUUUCCCCUGCUUCCUCUCCCAGAUCCCCAAUUCUCGCCUUCGUGCUCUUCGCCGCGUGGACAGGUCGUCUAACCGCGUGCUCUUCGCCGACGCCGGCUCCGACUUCGUGGACGUCCUCCUCGCCUUCCUCACGCUCCCGAUCUCCGCCGUCCAGCUCGCCGCAGGCGCGUCCUCGCCGGGCUGCCUGACAAGCCUCUGCGCCAGCGUCCGGCACCUGGGGGACGCUAAACUGUUGGAGAGCGAGGCCUGCCAUGGCACGCUUCUCAGGCCUACGCACGCCGAUGAAUUUGGGUCUGUAUCCUAUUCCUACCUGGUACGAUCGCUUGCCACGCAACUGAUUCCACAGGGGCACAACCAGCAGCACGGCUGCAGGUGCUUGGAUGUCAUGGUUAGGCUUGUGCAUGUGUACAACCUAACAACACAAACAGAGGUGUUCUCCAAGUGGAAAGAGAGGUUCGUGAUCAGCGACGAUCUGGUGAUCAAGCCGGCGGCGACGAGCACCGUCCUGUCUUUUCUUCAGAGGUUCCUCGGAGAUAGGAUCAAUGACGCCUACGAAGUGGAGGUCGACGUCGGAUGGACCCAGGUUGUUUCCUUGCUCAGAGCAUGUGUCUCGUCCACCAACAUAUUCACCGAUGUGUUUCUCGCGAAAAGAACCGAUUCUUGUUUGAUGGACACAUCAGUGCUCACGAUUACCAAACCUCGGCGUCAAGAGGCCAACGGAGACCCCGGUCCGCAGAUGAGCAUCAAGCUUUUCUUCGACAGGGAGGACAGAAAGGUCAUGUACGCUGAGUGCAAGCAUGACUUCGUGGACCUGCUCCUCAGCUUCCUGACCUACCCCAUGGGAUGCAUCCUCAAGAACCUGGCCGGCACCUUUCACCGGUUCCACGGCUUCAACAAUCUUUACAGCAGUGCCGAUGGUCUCAACACGUCUGGCUUCCUGACGGGACCCUGCUUCGGUGACAAGAGCACGCUGCUCGAUCCUAGUAUUGCUCCGUUGAAGACCCACGGCGUCGAUGGGUCGGAUCAGGCAAUUGUGGAGUGGUAUCAUCUCUGCCGGACCGGGAAGCGGCAGUACUCCCGCGCAAUGGAUAAAAGGUCUUGCCAGUUGUUCGAUUCGGUGUUUGUCGAUGAUCACACCUAUGUAGUCGACGACGAGUUGCGUAUACAUCAAGCUUCGGCCGUGUCGGUGCUGAAGCACUGGUGCAAGAGAAACCGGGAUAAUGUAGUGGAGAUGGACAUUGCUGUCAGCAAACGAGAGGCUGUCGCGCUACUGCGAGCGGCGAUCAAUUCAGAGACUGCGCUGACAGAUGCGUUCAAGGGGAGGUUUCAGCAGGAAGCACAACUGUUGCCACCUUCAAAAAGAAGAACAGGCUCACCAUCGGUGGAGAAGAUGCAGAUCUUUGUCAAGAUCUUCACAGGCGAGACCAUCACCCUUGACGUGGCAAGCUCCGACACGGUUGCUGCCGUGAGGAGUAAGAUCCAGAUGAAGGGGAAGCUAAUGGCUGAUUGUAGGUUCGUGUACGGUGGCAAAUGCCUGCAGGAUCCAUGGACCCUGGCUGAUUGUGGCAUUCGCAGAGAAGCCACCAUCCACCUUGAGUUUUACCCCCGCGGCCUUAUCAAAACAGACACAGAAUGACUAAGAGGUUGAGACUUUAGAAUCAUUAUGAUGCACACAGCCAUUUUUACGUUAUAGUUUAUGAAAGGCAACGAGGCCAUGUCAUUGGUAACUUGGGUCGAUGAUCAUCACAUACAUAUUCUAAGCCAUACUUCGCUGUAUAACCAUGAGUUGUGGUUCUUCA